CCCUGUUAUGGAUAAUCAAUCUAUAUAACUAGCUACAAAACAUUCAAUUUUGAUUUUGCUACUAUUUUUAACUAAAUAAAUCAUCAUAAAUUUUAACUUUAAACUUUUAUGACAUCACUUUGAAAACUUUAAUGUCAUAAAACUUUUCUGACGCCAAAUGAAAGUGAAAAUAAACAUACAAUACAUAUGUGACAAACUUCUUCAAUAAAGAAUACAUAUUCUAUUUUUUAACAACUGAUUGAUAAAUUAAUAAAUAUUUUGAAAUGGAAAAUUUUGAUUGGCCAUGGGAAUACAAUUUCCCACCUUUUUUUACUUUACAGCCACACGCUGAAACCAAAGAUCAACAGAUAUCAGUAUGGUCAAAUUUGAUACUGAAAUAUCAUAAACAUAAAAAUCAAUCACAAUUAAACGUAAACGAUGAUAAUGAGCUUUUCCAUAAUGAGAAACUAAACCGAAAGUUAAAAAUUGACGCACGCCAAGUGAUAUUAGAAACGCUUACUAAAACUGGACACGCUGCACCUCUAGACAAGAAAAAAGAUCAAUGGGAAAUUUAUUGGCAUACGUUAGAUGAAUGGGCUAAUAUAAUAUAUAAUUGGGCUGUUGAAACAGGACAAACAAACAGUGUUUGUACUUUGUACGAAAUUUCAAACGGUGAUAAUACAACAGAUCAAAAAUUUCAUGGUCUUGAUGAAGGUGUGAUACUAAAGGCAUUAAAAUGUUUAGAAGAUAAGGGAAAAUGUGAAUUAAUACUGUUUGACGAUAAUCAAGGAGUAAAAUUUUUUUAAUGGAAGUUUGAAUUUAUAAA